GGUUGGAUGUUCAUGGUUGCUGUAUAUUGUGUGAUGUAUUAAUGCAUAAUAAUGGUGUAAUAAUUUAUUUUAUAAAGCUUACGCUUGCGCUUUAUAAGCAACUCUCUCAAGUCAGACUUACUCAAAGUCUCUUCUUGACACAAACAGUAAAACCAGGUUUGGUUUAGGUUGAAUUUGGUUGAUGUGAAUGGUAAAAGUGUGCUUCAGAAAUGCUUUAGUGCCGUUUAAAGCUAGCUUGACUACUCUCUUCACAUACUUUUUUGUUAUAUCCAUCUCUGUGUGAUCGUCAGAACGUUUAACUGUAUCUGUGUUCAUUGGUCCGGUUCGCAGUUUUUUCUUUCUCUCUCCCUUUAUCUUUUCUUGUCAUAGUCUUGUUUUUACCAUACCUUUACCAUUACUUAACCUCUGAUUCCCUGUAACCCCACCCAAAGUCCAAUCAACAUUUGGUGUGUUGCCGAAAAAAAUAAUAAAUUAAUAAACCAUCACAAUGGACCUGAUAUCAAAAGGAAUUGUGAAAUAUUAUCAGUUAAUGCUGCAAGGAGACCCGAGGGUCAAAGGAUUACCUCUUAUGGACAGUCCCUUGCCAACUAUGGCAAUUUGCUUGUCAUAUGUCUACUUUUUUACGGUCCUUGGACCUCGAUUGAUGGAAAAUCGUAAACCCUUUGAGGUUCAAAAGCUGAUGAUAAUUUACAAUUUUGCAAUGGUUAUUUGCAGUAUAAUUUUUGUGUAUAACGAUUUAAAGUAUCAUUGGCUGACACCACAAGCCAGCUUUAAAUGUGAUCCAGUUGAUUAUACAAAUAGUCCAAAUGGACUUCGUACUAUGUACAAUUCAUAUUUUUAUUUUAUUCUCAAGUUUGUCGAAUUUGUGGAUACCCUUUUCUUCCUUUUGAGAAAAAAAUUCGACCACAUUACCAAACUUCACCUUAUUCACCACGGUAUCAUGCCUUUCAGUGUCUGGUGGGGGAUGAAAUUUGUGCCUGGCGGUCACGCAACCUUUUUUGGUUUUGCUAAUUCAAUUGUUCACAUUGUAAUGUACAUUUAUUAUGGACUCUCAAGUCUUGGUCCAUCCAUGAGGCCAUAUCUUUGGUGGAAAAAAUAUCUCACUGCAUUCCAGCUUGUGCAGUUUAUCGCCAUUAUGGGUCACUCAUUCCAACUCUUUUUCCGAGAUUGUAAUUUCCCAAAACUUUUCGGUCUCUGGAUCGGAUCUCAUGGAAUUCUUUUCUGGUUCUUGUUCACUGAUUUUUACAAGAAGACCUACAAGAAGCCAAUAGCAAAUGGAGCAAUCAAAUCAUCAACCAAAAGCAAAGAAGUCAACUUAAAUUCUUCAUUAGAUGGAAAUCCUGAAAAGAAAGCUUUGAAAAAUGGUCUUCGAAAUAGUGUAACUAAACUGAAAAAAUCUUCUUAAGUUAAUUAAAACGAAAGGGUAAAUAAACUACAACUCGCUGCAACGUUGCUUAAAACAAACUUUCAUCACAACUACAUCCAUACUAACUAGCAACACAAAAAGGUCACAUGGAAUGAGUGUAAAAGAGAAAAAAGGGAAAGCAAAGCAAGCUAUUUCAAAAGCCUUUUUAUGAUGGCACUGGAAGCUAAUGAUGAUGCUAAUGAUGAUGUUUGAUUUAUAUCUGCAACAACCUUUUCUCUCUCACUAUAUCUAUUUCUUUCUUUCUACCUGUUCUCCUUCCUUCUCUUUUUGUUUUUUUCUAUUCUUAUUGAGACUCAUCAUUUGCACGCUGUUUGUUGAUGAGAGCAUUAAAAUGUUAUAAUUUAUAAGUCAAAGGAAAAAGAACCAAGACAAGAUGACGAAAGAACCCGAAAAAGGCCUAAACAUUCAAGCCGGAUCUCUCAAUCUUCCCUUAUUAACUGUAGAUUUUCCCUCCUUAUUCUUUCUACCUUUUCUCUUGCUGUUUACUUUUUCUAUCCAAUUUUCAAUUUUUUUUCUCGAGUGUGAUUGUACCAAAUUGUCCAAUAUUGGGCAAUGAUUCUUCACAUGUGAAGAGUUCAUGUGUCUACUAAUCUGCUGGUUUUUUUAUAUCCAACUAUAUACAGAUUCAUGUAUAUAUUUAUAUUAUUCAAGAGGAGGGAAAGAUUUUCUGUGUCUGUAAAUCUUUUUUGUUUGCUUUUGCAAAGUUUUGUUGUCUGUUUUUUUUUCUUUCUCUAAAACCUUUUUUAUCACUACGUUGUGUCAAAACUGAAAAUCGGUUUUUUUGUUGGCCCUUCUUUUUUUAAAAAAAUUCAAGUACAAUUCAUUCAACUACAAAAA